GUGUAUGUGCCCUGAUGGCGGUACAGACUGCUGCCCUAGCUCUCCGCGCUCAGAUUCCUGGGCCCAGUUCCGGCCCCGCCCACACCCCCACCAUACCCUGAACAUUCCGGUGAUUCCGGUGACCGUGAGAGCCCAGACCCUAGAGAGCUAACUGACGAAAAUAAAUAAAUGCAGCAGAACAAGUCAGUAUGUGGGCACGGGCGGUCACAGCAUGUGGGUGAAUUCCGUGUGUGCUGGUGCGCACGGGUGCAAGUCCGACCACCCGUGCUCGUAUUUUAGGUGGACACGCGGGACGGUUAUCUGGAUACUGUGUGUCCAUGUGCACCUUCGCUCAGGUGGCGGUGGGACAUUCUUUGGUCCCCACAUACACCUGGGGAGAGCCCUUGGGCUCCUGGCAGAGCAGGCAAAAAGCUGGUCACAAGUCUAGCCUUCUGCUGGACCAGGCAGUCCCCAGCCUACCCUAACACUUCUCACUGGGGUCCUGAAGCAAGUACACCCCCCCUGCCUGCUGCAGCCCCCUCGGGGUUUCUCUCUCCUCCCUGUCCCCAGCCUACCCCUGUUCGGUGCCACAUCCUGGGCACUGAGCCAGAUUCUGGGGCUACAGAGGGAAGGGGAGAGACCCUGAUGUCCUCCUGAAGUUCACAGAGUGGGGAGGGGGAGGUAAGGGCGCGUCAAACUGGCUUCUCUGGGGAAGCAAGUGCCCAUUCGAGAGAGAAACCUCCAGAGAGGUCUGGAGAAUGCAUGAAUAAAGGAAUGACCACUGCCCACUUCAGCUUCUGCCGGACCCUCCUGGAGCACACGGUGUCGGCCGAGAGCAUCCCCUGCCCCCUGCCUCGGACCCCGGGCACCAGCCUCACGUGGCACGACUCCCGCAGCCAGAGGGCAGCUGGCAGCCGGCAGGUCAAGCUCCUUCAGCAGCCCGGCACCGAGGCCCCCCAGGGCCGGCUGUACUCUGACCACGAUGGCCUGUACCACACAAGCCCCUCCCUGGGUGGCCUGACGAGGCCCGUGGUCCUGUGGAGUCAGCAGGAUGUCUGCAAGUGGCUCAAGAAGCACUGUCCCCACAACUACCUCGUCUACGUGGAGGCCUUCUCCCAGCACGCCAUCACCGGCCGGGCACUGCUGCGGCUGAACGCGGAGAAGCUGCAACGGAUGGGGCUGGCGCAGGAGGCGCAGCGGCAGGAGGUGCUGCAGCAGCUGCUGCGCCUGCAGGUGCGCGAGGAGGGGCGGAGCCUGCAGCUGCUCAGCCAAGCUUCCUUCGGAAACAUGUCCUAGCUGCUGCCUAGGCUUGAACGCCGGACCUCAGCACUGUGACCGGAGCCCCUGACGAGCACGAGGCAGAGCUGGCCGUGCAGCCCCUCUCAGACCCCGCGUGACGCCCCAGGGGCCAAGCCCAGCCCCAUGGACAGGUGGGACGAGCGUCGCCACCUCCAGCCACCUCUGGUUGUGCACUCCGGGCAGGGCCUGGGAGUGGGCGGGCGGGCAGGCAGGGGCUGCUUGAGUGGGGCCCUUCCUCCCAGGACCUGAGCCCAGGCCCACCCCCUGGUGCUGCUGGCAGCAUGCAGGGCAGCCACCUGGGGCCAGAGCCGGUUUGGACACCCCCAGCCUCCCAAGGAGUCUGUUUAUUUAUAUUCCCUUCGCCGGCACCCUCCAUCGCCUGCUGAGUCACGCGUCUUCUAGGCACCCUGCCCUUGCCCAGGGCCAGAGGUCUGCCCCCUCACCCCGUUUACGCCCUCCCCCAGCCCCUAGAGGACUGCCACACAGGUGGGGUAAACUGCCAAGGUUCCCUUUGGUGUGUGGCCCUCCCCGUCCUUGCCCAGAGAACGGUCAGUGGCCCAGCCCAGCCAGCCACCGUGCCAAGGGCUCUCACUCAUUUUUGAAACCCUUACCACGCCCCCGUCUACUCACGGGGACUGGGACACACGCCCAAGGCCUGACCCCAGGAGGACCCCACGCCCAGUGCCAGGCUCACCUGUGUCCUGGCCUUAGGUUGGGGGACGGCUCCCUCCUCCCAGGGUCAUGGAGACUGCCUUCCAGGCUUAGUCAUGGGUGGGUGUUCCCACUGCCCCUUUCCCAGGAGAACCCGGAUCCACACAAGAACUGUUCUGACAGCUGCAGCCCCCAUGCCCACCCAGUGGAGACCCAGCCAGCACCUGAGCAACCACUCGUGGGCCCAGCAGCGGGAUAGCUAGGGCAGUCCUGGCAGCCCCACCCUCUUGCACCUCUGCCCACUCAACCCCCUGGGGAUUCUGAAAAUCUUGGAGACAGAUGGGGCUGAGCCACCAGAUCCCAAGCCGCGCCCUGUGCCAGCCUCAGGAUGGGAGGUUGGUUGUUGCAGGUCCCAUGUGGAAUUUGAACAACUGGCCUGGUGCCCCCCAUCCCAUGCGCCUCCCCAUGGGAAGCCCCUCAUCCUGCCCGGCUGCCCUGAAUAUCCCUGGCCACCUCAUGCCAUCACGACAUGACCCUUUCCAGGGAGCCCUUCCUGUCUCUCUCCCCUUUUCCCUCCCUGUCUUGGACCCUCAGCCCCGCUGUGUUCCUGUCUUAUCUUCCUUGUUUUGCGCUUUUUUAUAUUCUGACCAAAAAAUCAGAAAUAAAUUUGGUUCUCAAGUGC